CUUAUUCAUCGAAAUUUUAUUUUGUAUCCGGACGUGGUCCCCCAACAUUUCAGAUCUCUCCAAGCGUUUUGUGCAUCAUGUUGACCAGGUCCAUUUUAUCUGUGGCCGUGUGCGGCCUUCUCCUGUCGCCCCUCCUGCCCAUCACCCGUGCGUCCCAGGAGGAGGACACCGCCAAACAGGCGGAGGACAAACAGUUCGCCGUGGAACUGGACCCGGAAACCUUUGACACAGCGAUUGCCGGCGGCAAUGUCUUCGUCAAGUUCUUUGCUCCAUGGUGCGGCCAUUGCAAGCGUCUUCAGCCCCUGUGGGAGCAGCUGGCCGAGAUCAUGAACGUGGAUAACCCCAAGGUGGUCAUCGCCAAGGUGGACUGCACCAAGCACCAGGGACUCUGCGCCACCCACCAGGUCACCGGCUAUCCCACACUGCGCCUCUUUAAGCUGGGCGAAGAGGAAUCGGUCAAGUUUAAGGGCACUCGGGACUUGCCCGCCAUCACCGAUUUCAUCAACAAGGAACUGAGCGCACCCGCCGAGGCGGAUCUGGGUGAGGUCAAGCGCGAGCAGGUCGAGAACCUCAAUCUUGGCAAGGUGGUGGACCUCACCGAAGACACCUUUGCCAAGCACGUGUCCAGCGGCAAUCACUUUGUCAAAUUCUUUGCACCCUGGUGCAGUCAUUGUCAGCGUUUGGCACCUACGUGGGAGGAUCUGGCCAAGGAGCUGGUGAAAGAGCCUGCCGUAACCAUCUCGAAGAUCGACUGCACCCAGUUCCGUUCCAUAUGCCAGGACUUUGAGGUCAAGGGCUAUCCUACUCUUCUCUGGAUCGAGGAUGGCAAGAAGAUUGAAAAGUACUCCGGUGCUCGUGAUCUGUCCACGCUGAAGGUUUAUGUGGAGAAAAUGGUGGGUGUGCCACUGGAGAAGACCGCUGACGAGACCGGCAAUGAAGAGGAGGCCAUCAAGGAGGUUGCCGGCAAGGAGGAGGCAGCCAAGAAGCUAGCCCCACAACAGCUGACUGGCGAGGAAGAGUUUGACCAAACCAUUGCCGAGGGCAUUGCCUUCAUCAAGUUCUAUGCUCCGUGGUGUGGACACUGCCAGAAGCUGCAACCCACAUGGGAGCAACUGGCCACGGAGACGCACCAGGCACAGAGCUCCGUGAAAAUCGCCAAGGUUGACUGCACGGCGCCGGAGAACAAGCAAGUGUGCAUCGACCAGCAGGUGGAGGGCUACCCAACCCUCUUCCUGUACAAAAACGGUCAGCGCCAGAACGAGUAUGAGGGCAGUCGCUCACUGCCGGAGCUGCAGGCCUACCUUAAGAAGUUCCUUGGCCACGACGAGCUCUAAAUCGUCUGUCGGUUCACAGGGGAUCAGCAGUAGUCGAAUGAUCAAAUAAUCGCCCGCCAAAUUAACUGUAAUCGUAAUGUUUUUCUCCAGCAUAAACCUCUGUGAGGAGUCCGCAUUUAAUCAAUAUAAUCCAACAACUCCCAAAAGACAACGCGCUUUGCUGGAAUUGACAAGUUCAAUCUAUGUUCCUUCGCUGUUUUUAGUUUUCGUCCUCCUUAGCUGAGUUUGUUAACCUUUUUUAUGUAUUUAGUGUUUACGUAAAUGGGGCACGGGACUGUAUGCGCGAAGAAAAGCCAUUUAGCGUAUUUUAAUUUCAAUUUUAAAAUCAUUUUGUAGCCUAUGUUAAAGUCAUUCUUAGGAAAAUUUUUCAACACAAAAAUAAAUAUCAAUUGGAAAACAA